AUGUGCACACAGACAGAAACGCUGGAAGAAUGCAGCCGCUGCGGCUACGUCGACGCCAUCGAAAGCCCCAUUUUGAACUGCGGUCUGAGAUCGCGUCAGCCCUUCGACAGCCGACAGGAAAACUAUUUCGUCGGUCGAUGCUAUGGAGUAGCUAUAACUUCAUAUACCGAUAUUGUCGUCUGUCCCACCUGCGCCACCACCGAAGAGAGAGAGCGGAAGAGACAAGAAAGCAAGGAAUCUGCCCAAAUUGUUGCAAAGUAA